GUUUUGGAACACGUCUAAUAUGUGUUGUGUGUGUGUUUUGAUGACGUAAAGCGGGUUUUGAUCCUACAUAGGCCUCGGAUUAAUUUUUGAUCAAAAUGUUGCGGUUUUUAAGUCGGCGAAGGGGUCGAAAUACGUUAAAGUCCUUACAGGUCAAAUCAGGAACUGAUAGAUUUGCCCCAAAUAAACAUGCUGUACAGUGCAAAGUAAUCCUUCUUGACGGAACUGACCUUUCAAUAGAUCUGUCAAAAAAGGCCAUUGGGAAUGAUCUGUAUGAGCAGGUUUUUUACUCCUUGGACUUGAUAGAAAAAGACUAUUUUGGCCUGCAGUAUACGGAUGCCAACAAUGUUCAGCAUUGGUUGGAUCCCACAAAGGCUGUGAAGAAACAAGUGAAAAUUGGUCCACCAUAUACAUUGAGACUAAAAGUGAAAUUUUACUCAUCUGAACCAAAUAGUUUGCGGGAAGAAUUGACACGCUACCAGUUUUUUUUGCAACUGAAGCUGGACAUCUUGGAAGGACGUCUUGAAUGUCCGUUUCAGACGGCUGUGGAGCUAUCUGCACUGGCUUUGCAGUCGGAACUAGGAGAUUAUGAAGAAGUCUAUCAUACUCCUGCUGUGGUCUCAGAGUUUAGAUUUGUUCCAAAUCAAACAGAGGAAAUGGAAAUUUCUAUUCUGGAAGAAUACAAAAAAUGCAGGGGACUCACACCAGCUAUGGCAGAGACCAAUUAUUUGAACAAAGUAAAAUGGCUGGAUAUGUAUGGAGUUGACAAUCACAUAGUUUUGGGUAAAGAUGGCUGUGAAUACUCCCUAGGACUUACACCUACUGGGAUUUUAGUAUUUGAAGGUCCUCAAAAAAUUGGACUCUUCUUCUGGCCCAAGAUUGGAAAACUGGACUUCAAGAAGAAGAAGCUAACACUUGUAGUUGUGGAAGACGAUGAUCAGGGUAAAGAACAAGAGCACACAUUUGUUUUCCGGCUUCACAAUGAGAAGGCGUGCAAACAUUUAUGGAAGUGUGCAGUUGAACAUCAUGCAUUCUUCAGACUUCGAGCACCUGUGAAAGGUCCCUCGGCGAGGCAAAACUUUUUCCGAAUGGGUUCUAGGUUUAGAUACAGUGGUAAGACUGAGUUCCAGACAACACAGCAAAAUCGUGCUAGACGUACUGUGCAGUUUGAACGUCGUCCUAGUCAGAGAUAUGCUCGAAGACAGUCUCAUGUUCUGCGGGAAAGGCAAAGAAAUGUCCAGCCAUGUGUAUGCAGUGAUGCUUCUAGUGAGAGGUCAGUGCAACCUGCAAGUGGUCCUGCACCGGAUAAAUCUGUAGAGCACGAAGAUGCAGCCUCCAGCACAGCUGCAUCAGAUAAGGAUUGCAAACCAUCAUCUCCAAGUCUAUAUUCCAGUGAAAUUCCUUCAUCAUGCAGUCCUACUCUAAAGAAGAAUAUGUCUUCAACCAGUUCUGGGGCUUCGCCAACGCCAGAUUCAAAAGCAGCAUUGGCUUGUUCAUCUGAAAACCACUUUGAUUCACUGCUCAAAAGCCUCGUAAAAGAUACUUUAGGUAGCAGCAACACUGAUUGUUCAAAGAAUGAUGCAUCUUCAUCAUCUUCACCAUCAGCCAGUAAAACAGAAGAACGUGAAAUCCCUGCAGACAAAGGGUAUAGUGGUGAAUUAUUGCCAAACAACCAAAAUAGUCGCUUUACUGCAGGCACAGGGGCUGCCAAACCAAUCCCACCAGACCAGUUGAAGUGCAAUAUUUUAAAAGCAAAAGUAGAAGAAGAGUUGAAGUGGUCUGGUGGAGAUUCGAAUGAAAGAAAUAUAGAAAAGAAUAUUAUCUCUGGGAAAAAGCUUUUCAUUGAAUCUGCUAAUGCUGUGCCAUUCGACACCACUUUAAGUGCAACAUUUGUUUCCGUGGGUGGUGACAAGCUUACUCUGCCUUUGGGAGUCUCCACAUCUCUCUCCACCAGCAGUGUUUCUGGACCCUUAACAGAUAUUGAAGAAUCCAGCGUCGAAGAACGAGAAAGUGUAACUUUUAAACAGAAACGUUCGACCACACCAGUUACUGUAACACACUUCUCAUGGUCAGACUGUGGGAAAAUUGAGAAAGUUGUGUUGCCGUCGCCAUCGGAGCAAACAAGAACUACUAAGUCGCUAAAUACCCCUUCUUCUUUGGUUUUUACUAACAGUGUAGAUGUUCAUGAUGAUCCGCUUGUAUCACCCAAACCAGUCUCUCUUUCACCUACUAAUUCAGAUGACACACAGAAUGAUCCUGGUAGUGUUGACAUUUAUUAUAAUGCAUGCAAUCCAUUUUCCAACUAUUUUUCAUCUUCUAAACUACAAGGAUCAGAGAAGAAAGGUGUCAAUCCAACAAAUCCAUUUCACAAUAGAUCUUCUGAAAAACCAAAUCCAUUUUUGAUGUCAUCUAAUCCAUUCAAAAAUAUUGAGGCUUCAAUUGGAGACAAAAAUAAGAAAUCCCAAACAUCUAAGAAUUUGCAAGAAACUGCAAAAAAUGUUGAUGUAUCACCACCAUCUCCAAAGUAUGAUACUUCACUUGUAACAACCUCACCUAUGUCACCGAAGCAGACAGAGUUCCAGCCCGAUAGGUCGACAGCUCUCGAUCCUGCAAAAACUUCAAGGGAAGCAUUUUUUGCGGCAGAGGAAAGCCAAGGUAACGACUCUGUAUCGAAAGUCAACAGCAACACGGCAGUUAAGACUGUGGCACCAGUUCCCACAAGUCUCAACCAGUUGUCGCCAUGGCUCGUGCCUUCUGACAACGCUCCAGUACCAUCUCUUCUGGCCAAGAGCAAACCUGAACCUGUGAUUCGCAAGACAGUUAUCACUACAGAGUUAUAACUUAUACAAAUUUUCAUAAGCAUCCCAGAAUUUGUGUGGCAAUCCGAUAAGGAAACUUGAGUAUUUGUCAUCUAUAUGACCAGCAAAAGUAGUACACAAUAGUUAACACUAAAAAGAAUAAUAGGACAUAUUAGUCAAUCUAAAAGUUUAAACUGUGCCAUUAUGUUUUUACUUAAUAUUAUGUUUAAUUACAGCAGUAUGUAGUUGGAUGCAUAAAAACCUUAUUUCAACUUGUUAAGUACCGGAGUGAAACAGUAUUGGGCAAGAGAGUUCUGUGGAAAGUUUGCUUUUGUUAGGAGUACUUAAGAUGGAUGAUAUAUUAUUUUGUAUGUAAUUUUUUAUGUAUGUAGUAUAUAGUGUUUGCAAAAGUUUUUGAUAAUAUUGAAGUACAUUUUGUUCUUUUAUUUUGUUAUUUAUAUAAAAUUUAAUUUAAUUUAUUUCUGUCAUUUAGUAUUUGUUUGUUAAGAUGAAUUGUACAGGGUUUAGUUCAAAAGUAAGUGUCCUCAUCUUAAGAAAAAUCGUGAAACAGUAUUACAGAAUCUUAAAAAUAUUACCUUAACAAAAAUAAUUCCUGCGAAAUUUCUGUAAAAUAGCUCACUUUUUGUACGUUAUUUUUUAUAUCACAAAGAAAUGCUAUGUUUAUUUGCCAGUCAUGUUCAUCAUGAAUGUAACUUUGUUAUUACUUAUUAGAGCCAUUUUAGUGGCUCUUUGGCUGCAGAAAGACUGGAAGUAUUUUAAAACAAAACCAAAAGCAUAUGGAUAAUAGUAACAAAUCUCCCAUUUGAAUUGAGAAACAUUUCUUUUCAUUUUUUUGGUGAGCAUAAUUGGGACCAACGUUCUUUUGAACCUUUUUGUAAAAAAAACUGGAAUGGCUUUAAUUGGUGCAGAGUUUUUGAGGAUUCUACCAUAUUUGACUGAGCAUAUAAUCAAUUGGGACAGGAAUUGUUUUGCUUACUGUGAAAUGAUUUCAUGAUACAUUCACAAUUUUUGAGAAAUAGGCUUAUAUAUAUAUACACACAUAAAUAUAUAUACAUAUACACACUCCACAUUUAAAAUGACAAAAAUAGUCCAUGUUUUCAAUUGUCUAAGGAAUUUUUGACAUUGCAAUUUUGUAAGACAGUAGUUUGUUUAUUUUCUGUUAGAAUGGAGAACAUAGUGCAUGUUUUUGAUAGCACCCUUAAAUGUUUUUAAGCCUCCAUUGUUUGAGUUUGAACUGCUGAAAAUAGUGUGUUUUUGAUCGAUUGCGUACAUGAAUGUACCUAGGUGAAAGUGCGAUAGUGUCUGAAAAAAGUAUAUUGCCACAUAAACAUGUGAAGAUGCAAUAAACCAAUUGAUUUUGUGAUAUUUAAAUUAAAUAUAAAAGAAAUUUUAUAUGUUGAUGACAGAUUUUUACAAAUGCAACAAAUGGUAUAUUUAAAACUUUUCCAUAACCAAAACUGAAAAUAUUCAUAGAGCACUGCCGUAAAAGUUUUUUUGCCUAAAUGAAGCAUUAUUUAUUUGUCAGUCCAUUUAUGUAUUUGUGUAUCUAUUUAUGUAUACAGGAUAUAACAAGUUAUGGAUAGUAAAAUCGUAAGGUCCAAAACUCAGCAGUGAGGAAGGCCUUUUCAUUAGCUGGAAAAAAAUCAUUCAUAUUGCAUGUGUUACAAAGUUUUGUGCAGAUACAUAGGUCUAAAUAUAUUUAAUUGAAAGCUGACUGUAGUUAAAUGUGUUUAAUUAACUUUUACUAUUAAUGAUAUCAUUCCAGUAGGUUUUUUAUAGCAAAAUCAAAUUAUUUUUAUAAUGAAAUCAAGAAAAAACUAUGACAAAAUAUGCAAAUUUAUUUUACUGUUGAAGUUUGUCCCUAAUAAUCAUUCAAUAAUUUAACACCUGAAACUUUCAAAUAUUUACGUAGUUAUUAAAAAAUUUUUUUUGCAGUUUGUAGCAAUUUUAUUUCUUUAAAAUACCUCAUUCUUCUGCAAAGAUUAUCACUGAACUUUUAUUCAAACACUUCUAUAAGUGUUUCAGAUGCUGUUGAAUCUUGUAAAUCAAUUGUGACACCCACCUUGCACAAACCUUAUGAAAGUUAAGUCCGUGUCUUUCAUAGCUCUUGUGAUCCAGGUUUGUGACAUUUCAAUGGGAAGGUAGUAAUGUGAUGAUCACAUUUUUGACUGGUCUUACUAAAAAUGGUAAUGUAAUAGGGAUAAAUGUUGCGUGAUUCAGUAGAGAAAUUGUACUCAUAAAUUGAGUGUCAUGCCAGGGAGCUGGGAUUAAAUCAUUCCUGGUUGCUACAUGAGCAGGAUACCAUGCUAGACCCUAUAAUUCUCAUUAACUAGCAGAAAUGCUGAAAUAACAUUGUUUUUGGUAGCUGUGUUAGGCAUCCUACACUUCCAAAACAUGUUAGUUGUAAUAAUGCACCAUUUGAAUGCUAAUGCAUUUUUAUCCAUACACUAGCCAUGGACUUUUAUUGCUAAGGGGAAAGGAAAAGUUUGGUAAAAUAUUAGGUUUCAUAUUCAGACUCUCUCCUGUUGUUGCCAUAAAUUUCUAAUUUUCUUUGUUUUGGCAGAGGGGCGGGGGUUUGCUUCUUUUGUAGAGAAACUUCAUAAACUUUCUUUUGGACUGCCCAUCAUGUAGUUGACAAUUGUGUUGUAUAUUUUAUGUAGUUUAUUAUGUAUAUAAAUAUGUAAAUCCUAUGUCCUUAAAGUUCUUCAAUUUUGUAUCUAUUUUUUUUUUAAAUUACUGUUGUUUUAUGUUGCCAUAUAGUCUUUAGAUGCCAUUUACAAAUAAUAAUUUUUGAUAAUUUAAUUUCAUGUAUACCUUAAGUAAUCUGAUGGCUGAGAAUGCAAUGUUUGAAUACUAUAUGCCAUUUAUUACAUUAGGAACUCUUUAUGCCCUUUGAUUGCAUGCUUUCCUAUAUUUUGUAUCAGUUCAUACAUCCUUCUGUUUAUGAUUGCACAGUAUAAUACAUUUUUAUACUUUGGCAACAUUUUAUUUUAGUUCCUUAUAAAGGUUUAAAGUAAUAAGGUCUGUGGUUUAUUUUUCUUUUAAUAGUUGUAGCUUCUGAACUAAUAACAGAAUUUAUUUCAAGAGAAAUAUCCAUUGUAUUUAUUUAGAAAUAUUAACAACUCCUUGAUGCUGGAGGGCAUAGUGAGGGGGAGCUUACAAAUUAAUUUAAUUUCGUAUUACAUCUUUGCCAAAGUUGGGACUCAAACCCACAACCUCAGCUCUAGAAGUCAGUUGCACUGGUCACUACACGAUAGAGACAGUCUAAUUAGAGCUGGGCCGAUGUUGGUCACAAACACUGUUAUAGAUUUUGCCGCUCACCGAGAUCGCUCAACACAUUACAAACUGAUAAGAGGUCAAAUGUCCUUGGAACACCAAGGUCAUUAGACACAGAUGGAGUAGUGAUGGAAAACCAUGGUGAGGGAAAUUUGAAUACCUCAAGAAAACUCACCAACUCACUGCAACGUCCAUCACACUGCUCGCCUGCAAAGUACCCACCCGGGUUUGACCUAAAUGAUUAUCCAAUUAACCAAAAUAUAAACAUAAUUAUAUUCCUUUUUAAAAAACUUUGAUUUUUGAGUCCUUUAAAACACUUCUUAACAUAGUUUACUGCAGUUGUAUUGUUUCAUUAAUUAACUAGUAUUUGAAUUUCAUGUCAUAACUAGGAAAUUGUACAAGCCAAAAUAUUAAGGACUUAUUAUAGCAAGAAUAUGUUUCCAUGCUUAGUGUUGUGUGUGCAAGCAUUACCACCAAUAAUUUGCCUAUAGAGCUAUGACAUUCACAUAAUAAUGAAUAUAAUGUAGCAAGUUUUAGAUACCUAAUGUAUAACAUGAAUGUGUACUUUUAAUAUACAUGAAAAGUGUAAUCGGUGCUAUAUUACUAUAUAAUUGAAGAAAUUUUUUUAAACUACUUGAAUGGUGCUUAAUAGAAAAAUUGAUGCAGUUAGUAAUAAUUCUACAGAUGAGUCCCUAACCUAUAAAAGCUACAUAUUCUCAAUUUCUUAUUUGAAUUGUGUUUGUAAAUUAAAAAAAAAGCAAUAGCCAGUGUUGGACAGUGUAUGCCUGAUCAGCAAAAUGUAUGACCUGCCCAGCUCUAAGAAUAAUGUAGAACUUAUUGAAGGCCUAAUGUUGAUCAGUUUUUAAAUUAUUGCUUAUUAGAAUAAACAGAUCAAAUAAUUCUGUCUUUGUUUAAAAAAAUUAUUUUACAUUCUGUCUAGUAUUUCACUUAUGUUGAAUAACCAUGAACCAUUUUUUAUACUCAAUUUUGUGUCUAGCUUUGUAUUUAAGGUUCUUAUUAAAUGUACAGGCAAAUGCAUUAAAGCUGAGAAAGGAAUAUUAUAUAACAUUUUUUUGUACAUAAAUAUAAAAUAUAUUGCCAAUAAA